UUCCCCGCCUUUUCACGAAUCGUAGGAUGUUGUACCCUGGAUGUUUUGACCAAAUGUAGCGUUACUUGCUUUAUUCGUGAUUAAUGUAUUUUUACUUGAUUUUACAGAUAAUGUAACUUGUAAUUGUUGCAAUAAUUCGACAUUGCAGCCAUGUUGCUUCCGUCUGACAUAGCGCGGCUCGUUUUAGGAUACAUGCAACAAGAGGGACUGUGUUCUACAAGCCAGGCAUUCAUUCGUGAAAGCCCCAACUUGAAGGAGUACGCAGAACACAGCUCAGAUGAUGCAACUAUUCCUGCUUGUGUGUUUUCCCUCUUUGGGAAAAACCUGACAACUAUUUUGAAUGAGUAUGUUGCUGUCAAAGCUAAAGAGACGAUUGAAGAGACUCAAAUACCUGUCAUGAUGACAUCAUUGUGGAAAAAGCUUGAUUUCACACUCAAUCAAAUAAAGUCUAUGCAAAACUCCCCAGCUAUUAUCCAGAAUCAAAGACUCCGCACACGUAAUGGGAUCGUGAACAUGAGGGGGCGACAGAGAGCCUUGUCAUCAACGCAGUCCCCCAGCUCUGGGUUUCUGUCAUCGUCGGGCCAGGGCAUCGCCACCCCAGUCUGCUCCAGCUCCCAACAGAACAGACCCUCCCCCAUCUGCGGCACACAGCCCCAGAUCCAAGAUGGAGGACGUCUGCUCAUUAAUGUGAACCGGGAGUCACCUUUGCAAAUAACGGUUCCAGACAACCGGUUAACCACAGGACCAUUAUCCCCAGGGCGUCGGAAAUGUGACUCCCCCAGGAGGAGAGGUGGGGGCUCCAGUGGAUCCGGUGGGACUGGAAGAGCCAACAUGGCGGCCAGUAGCCUGACAGCAGAGCCCCAGAGUGAAGAGGCAGUCACAGAGAAUUUCCCUCAAAUGUUGAUACAAAAUGCAAGAGAGAGGAUUCUAAAUGACAAGUCCUUACAAGAGAAGCUUGCUGAAAACAUCAACAAAAUUCUAGCAAGUGAUGUCAGUCCUCAGGCUUUAAAGGCAUCAUGCAGCACCAUGGAGCCUGACCAGUCAAUAGAUGAAAUUCUGGGCCUGCAGGGGGAGAUUCAUAUGUCUAAUGAUGUUAUACAAGACAUCUUGGAGCAGACCGAGUCCGACCCAGCCUUCCAGGCUCUUUUUGACCUCUUUGAUUACGGCAAAAGCAAAACCAGUGAGGAUACUGAACAAGGAGCUGGGAACGUGAGCAAUACCACCACAGACAAUGGUGAGACUGAGACUAGAUGUAUUGAUGGCUCUCCUGAGACUGGAGACCCAGGCACUGGGCCUGAAAACUCGACAUGUGGACAAGAAAAUAGAGUAACAAAGUCCAGUCAAGAGCCCAAGAGUAAGAAAACAAGGAAAUCUGCACCUCCUGUUUCAAGCACUUCAAAGGCAACUCCUGGACCCAGUAGCAGAGGGUUGAGAAAUGGAGCUAUCUCAACAACUCCUGGACUCAGUAGCAGAGGGUUGAGAAAUGGAGCUAGCUCAACUCCUGGAUCCAGUAGCAAAGGGGUGAAAAGGGGAGAUAUUGCAACUCGACCCUCAGCACGUAUUGAUCAACUUGCCGCCACUGCUUCUUCUGCCGCAAAGGACUCUGAUAGGGUUGACUCAGGCUCCAUCUUUAAUCCGGAUGUAUCAGGCGUGGAUAUAGACGAACCUCUCAAUACCCCCCUUGACAGUAUAGCUCCGCCAGAUGUCUUUGAGCCAGUCAGACAGGAGAGUGGAACAAUUCGUCCGGCGUCAGCAUGCAACACACCUUCAUCUGAAACCAGGACGAUCUCUGCUGUGAAAAACAUAUUAGGCAAUGAGAACACAGUGGGGGCUGAUGGUAGACAAGUGAUGGAUAACCAAGCUUCACUUCUUAACUCCUCACCUGCCCUGUCCAAUUCCAUGCCAAUGCUGGAUCAGUCAAACAAGGCUCCCAUACAGGCCUCUAACCUGCCUCAUAGGAAUAUUACCCCUCCCAGCAGUGUAGGAAUUUCACAACCUCUACCACAGACCAUACACUCUAUGGCUGUCCCCUCAGUUACAACAACUCCUGCUGCCCCAACCUUCAUCCCAAACCCCAACCCUACAGGCAAGGAAGUAGACCCCAGUAAGAUUGUUGCCCUGAAGAUCAUAAUCAGCGAUGAGCAGGAGGAGCCCUCCAGUGACUCUGCCCUGAACCAGGCUGUGUCCAGCAUCACUGGGGAUAGGAUCCCCACCAUCUUCCUCUCCUCUCCCACCAAGUCACCUGCUAAGGCCCCGGCCCUCAGUGGAGCCCCAAUGGCUCAGGAGGAGACUGUGCAGGCGGUGAGCAGUUUACAGAGGACAGAAGUCCUCCUGCCAGCAGAGACCAAUCCUCUUAGUGGGAAAGCAGGAGAUGUGGCAGCAUUGGCAGGGACGUCAUCUGCGUUGACACAGCCUGGCUACUACAUUCAGCUGCCCUUUGAUUCAGCCACAUCCACCAACAGCUACAUCUUAGUGACAGACACAACAGCUACAGACCCCCAGUCCAACAAGGUGAUAUUACCCAGUGGCGCCCCACAGGUACAGACUGUACCCCCUACCUCAUAUACUCUGGCCACUCCACCCUGCUAUUCCCCUGUUAUCCUCCCAGGAUCUAGACUCAUCAUAUCUUCACCAGUUCAGCCCAUGCUGCAAAGCAUGGGGGUUCCUGUAUCUGUUGUUGGGCAGAACAAUGCAACACAGUUCUCAGUAGUUCCUAAUCAGUUAAUAGCCAUGCCUAGCCCUGCUUCAGCAAAGCAGCCAGCAGCAGUGAAUACCGACCCUAAACUGGCUCCCAAGGACACUGCAGUCUCAGGAAAAACGGGAGCUUCUGGAUCGAAUAUAGUUACAAAGCAGGUCCACCCGCAAUCCUCUGAAAGCACAGGGCAGCAGAAGGGAGCAGUUGGCUCGAGCCCCAGCCAUAGGAGGAUGCUUUGCUUUGAUGGGUCUGCUGGUGAAACUUCCACCUCCAAAGCUACAGCUACUGCUGUAUUGCCUGUCCAACAGGUGGAGAAAGAGAUACCUAAAUCUGCCUCUGCUAUCUUGGGGAGCAGCAGGCCAAAAAGGAGAAUAGAGACUGUAAGAUGUACAGACAACACUCAGACAUCAUGGACCGGAACAGAGAUGGAGAAAUCCUCCACUGUCCAAAAGCAGAAAGAAGCUGCGAAAAAGACCCCUUCAAAGAGGGACGCAGAUCAAAAUGCUAGAGGUCAAAGUGCAAGUACCAGUAGAUCUCAGAGUGCUGGUAGCAGUAGGACUGAUGCUUCACAGUCAGAGUCCAGGAAGAGAUCUCAAUCAGCAGACAAGAAGGAUAAUGGUGGAGCUGGACCUAAGGAUGUCCAGAGCUCCAGGUCCUCUUCCUCUGAUCACAGACUGAGAUCAGGGAGCAGGAAAGAGAAAGACUCAUAUAGACAAGAGCCUACUGAGAAAUCUCCUGCCAAGGAGCGGGAGGGACGGACAGAGAAAAGGACAUCUUCUCAGGAUCCCCCUCAUGUCACUGCCAAUAAGGAGAAUGAGCUGGAGGGGGGAAGGCGAGAGCAGCAGCCCACACCAGCACCAAGAGCAUUCAGCCCGGCCCCCCAAACCCCUGUCCCCCAUGCUUGCUCCAGCAAAUUCCCCUCCAAGACCAGCCCACUGACCAAGCAGGCAGCUGAAAUGCUCCACAACAUCCAGGGUCUAAACCCUCCCUCCACACCUCCUAAGAAGCCUGGCAUGGGCUGUCUGGAGCUGCCUCUUCCUCGGACCCCUGGCCGUCUCCAGGAGUCUCUAUACUGCCCCAGGACCCCUGCACGUCAGAAGCUAGACAGAAACGGAGAGGGCACCCCCAGGCACCUGGUCCCUCCCACCACCCCGGACCUUCCCUCCUGCAGCCCAGCCAGCGAAGCAGGGAGUGAAAACAGCAUCAACAUGGCGGCUCACACACUGAUGAUCCUAUCCCGAGCCGCCAUUGCCAGGACAGGCACCCCACUGAAAGACAGCUUGCGCCAGGAGGGGGCUGGAGCAGUGACCCCUGUAGCCUUCAAGAGCAAGAAGCGCAAGCAGCCUGAGCCCCUGGCCAGCCCGCCAGCAAAGAAAGAUAUCUCAGGUUCAUCUGGCAGUAAGAAGAAAGCAAAGAAACAACAGAAACUAAUGGAUUCCUUCCCCGAUGACUUGGAUGUGGAUAAGUUCCUGUCUUCACUGCAUUAUGAUGAGUGAUGGGUUGAGUUAUAGCAGUUGGACAAUGAUAUGAGAAUCUCCCAAACACUACCUACCUACUCUCCAGGAAUUGAACAAGCCAUAAUUUACUGUCACAGUGCCUAUGGUUAAAUCAUAGGUGGAGCAUGUCCUCAGCUAUUUUUUCUUCGUUGGUAUGCCUGCUUGUAGGGUUUGUCCUACAUCCUUUGGCGUAACAACUAAUUAUACAUGUGAUGUAUAUACUGUAUAGACAUUAUUGCAGAAAUGCUAGAUUGAGAACACUUUGGUUCCAUUCAAGGACUGUAAUGUUAAGAAUGGUUUCCCAAUCUUGUAUUAAUAAUUUCAAGAAUUCAACAUUUCACUGUGUCUAAACUUUAAAUGAUCCACCCAACACACUAUGGCUGUGGUAAGAUAGGCAGCACAAUUCUGAACUUUAUUUCACUAAUUGGUAUUUUGACCAGAUCAGAUGUGAAAAAGAUUGGUCAAAAAGACCAAUUAGUGGGAAAAAAUAUCAGAAUUGGGCUGCGUGGUGUGUGUAUAAAAUACAUUUGUGCAGAUGUUUUCUUUACUAGUGAUUUUAAAUUAAAUCUUGUUUUAGAAAAAUCUAGUUUCAUUUAAUAUUGUUUCUGUGCAGGUAAAAACUGACCGGUUUUCAGUCCAAAGCAAAAUAUCACUAUCAGAACACAGUCUGAUAACCCAAUCUGUGAAAUUCACUAUAACCAAAUUAAUAUUGCACCAUUUGAUUCACUUGAGUUAAUUACUACUAAAUAAUAGGCUUAUAUCAUCACAGUGAUAGACUGCUGUGCCAGUAGAGAUUCUUCUAAGGUACUGCAUCUCAGUGCUAGUGACAUCACUACAGACCCUGGUUUGAUUCCAGGCUGUAUCACAACCGUCCCUGAUUGGGAGUCCCAUGGGGCGGUGCACAAUUGGCCCAGAGACAUUAGGGUUUGGCCGUAGUAGGCCGUCAUUGUAAAUAAGAUUUUUUUCUUAAUGGACUUGCCUAGUUAUAUAAUAUACAAUAUUUUGGCAUUUGUUUCAUUAGUUCAUUGUUUAUUUCGUCCCAAAAUAUUUUGCAUGUAAGCAAUCAAGUUUAAGACAUGUAACUUUCAAAAUACAGAAGUCUUGCCCAUAUGAUGCAUUUUGCAUCAUAUGAUGCUGUGUCUUGGUAAGCAAUUUUGGCCUUGUGUUUUAGGUUAUUGUCCUACUGAAAGGUGAAUUUGUCUGACUGGAAAGAUUUCUCUCGGAUUCUGCCUGUGCUUAGCUAUGUUCCGUUUCUUUUUAUCAUAAAAAAAACUUGAGUCCUUACAGAUGAUAAGCAUAUCAAUAACAUGCUUGAAAUUUGAAGUGGUACUCACUGAUGUUGGAUUUGCCCCAAACAACUCUGUGUUAAGUUACUUGCCACAUUUCUUCGCACUUAUACUGUAGUGCCUUAUUGAAAACAGGAUGCAUGUUUUGGAAUAUUUUAAUUCUGUACAGGCUUCCUUUUCACUCUGUCAUUUAGGUUAGCAUUGUGGAGUAACUAAAAUGUUUAUCCAUCCUCAGUUUUCUCCUAUCACAGCCAUUCAACUCUUAACUGUUUCAAAGUCACCAUUGGCCUCAUGGUGAAAUCCCUGAGCGGUUUCCUUCCUCUCCGUCAACUGAGUUAGGAAGGACGCCUGUAUCUUUGUAGUGGCUGGGUGUAUUAAUACACAAUCCAAAGUGUAAUUAAUAACUUCACCAUGCUAAAAGGUAUAUUCAAUGUCUGCUUUUUUUUUUUUACACAUCUACCAAUAUGUGCCCUCUUUGGAAAACACCUCUGGUCUUUGUGGUUGAAUCUGUUUUUGAAAUUCACUGCUUGACUGAGGGACCUUGCAGAUAAUUGUAUGUGUGGGGUACAAAAAUAAUUUUAAACACUAUUGCACACAGUGAGUCCAUGCAACUUAUGUGACUUGUUAAUUAAGCACAUUUUUACUCCUGGACUUAUUUAGGCUUGCCAUAACGAAGGGGUUGAAUGCUUAUUGACUCAAGACAUUUCAUUUUGAAUUAAUUUGAAACAUUUUCUAAAAAUGUAAUUCCACUCUGACAUUAUGGGGUAUUGUGUGUAGGCCAGUGACAAUCUCAAUUUUAAAUUCAGGCUGUAACACAGCAAAAAAAAAAUUAAGUCUAGAGGUGUGAAUAAUUUCUGAAGGCACUAUGUAUGGAUAAAGUGACUAGGCAACUGACUAGAUGAUUAAACAGUAGCAGCAAUGUAUGCGAAGAGUCAAGAGUUAGUGCAAAAAGGGUCAAUAUAGAUAGUUAUCCAAAUACAGUGGGGCAAAAAAGUACUUAGUCAGCCACCAAUUGUGCAAGUUCUCCCACUUAAAAAGACGAGGCCUGUAAUUUUCAUCAUAGGUACACUUCAACUAUAACAGACAAAAUGAGAGAAAUCCAGAAAAUCACAUUGUAGGAUUUUUGUAAUGACUUUAUUUGCAAAUUAUGGUGGAGAAUAAGUAUUUGCAAGAUUUCUGGCUCUCACAGACCUGUAACUUCUUUAAGAGGCUCUGUCCUCCACUCGUUACCUGUAUUAAUGGCACCUGUUUGAACUUGUUAUCAUUUUAAAAGACCCCUGUCCACAACCUCAAACAGUCACACUCCAAACUCCACUAUGGCCAAGACCAAAGAGCUGUCAAAGGACACCAGAAACAAAAUUGUAGACCUGCACCAGGCUGGGAAGACUGAAUCUGCAAUAGGUAAGCAGCUUGGUUUGAAGAAAUCAACUGUGGGAGCAAUUAUUAGGAAAUGGAAGACAUACAAGACCACUGAUAAUCUCCCUCAAUCUGGGUCUCCAUGCAAGAUCUCACCCCGUGGGGUCAAAAUGAUCACAAGAACGGUGAGCAAAAAUCCCAGAACCACACGGGGGGACCUAGUGAAUGACCUGCAGAGAGCUGGGACCAAAGUAACAAAGCCUACCAUCAGUAACACACUACGUCGCCAGGGACUCAAAUCCUGCAGUGCCAGAACAUGUCCAGGCCCGUCUGAAGUUUGCUAGAGAGCAUUUGGAUGAUCCAGAAGAAGAUUGGGAGAAUGUCAUAUGGUCAGAUGAAACCAAAAUAUAUCUUUUGUUAACUCAACUUGUUGUGUUUGGAGGACAAAGAAUGCUGAGUUGCAUCCAAAGAACACCAUACCUACUGUGAAGCAUGGGGGUGGAAACAUCAUGCUUUGGGGCUGUUUUUCUGCAAAGGGACCAGGACGACUGAUCCGUGUAAAGGAAAGAAUGAAUGGGGCCAUGUAUCGUGAGAUUUUGAGGGAAAACCUCCUUCCAUCAGCAUCAGCAUUGAAGAUGAAACGUGGUGGUGUCUUUCAGCAUGACAAUAAUUCCAAACACACCCCAGGUCAACGAAGGAGUGGCUUCGUAAGAAGCAUUUCAAGGACCUGGAGUGGCCUAGCCAGUCUCCAGAUCUCAACCCUAUAGAAAAUCUUUGGAGGGAGUUGAAAGUCCAUGUUGCCCAGCAACAGCCCCAAAACAUCACUGUCUGGAGGUGGUCUGCAUGGAGGAAUGGGCCAAAAUACCAGCAACAGUAUGUGAAAACCUUAUGAAGACUUACAGAAAACAUUUGACCUCUGUCAUUGCCAACAAAGGGUAUAUAACAAAGUAUUGAGAACUAUUUGGUCAAGAACAAAAGUUUAUUUUCCACCAUAAUUUGCAAAUACAUUUUAAAAAUCCUACAAUGUGAUUUUCUGGAUUUAAAAAAAAAAAAAGUCUGUCAUAGUUGAAGUGUACCUAUGAUGAAAAUUACAGGCCUCAUCUUUUUAAGUGGGAGAACUUGCACAAUUGAUGACUGACUAAAUACUUUUUUGCCCCACUGUACAUACACACGAACAGUAGGUAUCCUACGCACAUACUUUAUCACUAUCCAGCCGACAAAGAUUAUGGAGACCGUGGGAAGCACUCCCUGUCCUUCCUCAAAUCUCUGAGCCCCUAGCAUAUUCCGGCACUAAAUUUGUCUCAGACAGUCUGUGUUUAAGAUACUAUAAAGACAUUUUGUACAGAGAUAUAAUUUUACUGACUAAACCUACAGACAUCAUUACUAGUAACUUUAUGAUUCUAAUAAAUUUCAUACAA